AUGCCCCAUGCAGAAUUAUCUCCCCCUCAACAAACAUCAGAAGAACAAUUCUUCGUCAAUGAUGGCCCCUUGACUCCUGACCAGUAUGGCGACUUGCGACCGACAACACUGGACACUCCGAUGGAUGAGGCUCGCAGGCGGUUUGAAGAAGACGGAUACCUGUUCGUUAAGGGUCUCUUACCGAGAAGGGAUGUCCUCAAGGCCAGAGAGGAAUAUUUCAAGCUUCUAUCUCCGAGUGGCGUUCUCAAACCAGGCACCAAGCCUGUCGACGGCAUCUUUGACGAAACCAAGGACAAGCUCGAUUUCCCUGGAAUUGGGGCAGGAUUUGCCGAUUCCAACGGCCGUCCGACAGGGCCGCAUCCCGAAGUGGCCAAGUUGUUUGUUGAUCUAGCUCUCAAAGCGCAUACUGAGGACUGGUACAAGGAAGAUUUCUGCAAAAAUCUAGCGUUGCGGGAUUACGUUGCGAAGCUUACGGGUUGGGGGGACGAUACGCUGGGAAUCAGAAGAACACUCUUGCGGAACAAUACCCCAAGAAAUAAAGCAAUCGGAGUACACUAUGAUCAAAUUUUCUUGAGACAUGGCGAGGACACUGCAGUUACUGCCUGGGUGCCGAUGGGAGAUAUCUCGAGGCAAGGUGGCGGCUUGAUUUACCUCGACAAAGGCCACACUCUUGGUGCAGAGAUUGAGCAUGACUUUACAACCAAAGCAAAGGCUUCAGGAUUGACGGACGAGGAGGCAAAAAAUGCGUUCAAUCAGAAUAUGAUGAGCGGAGGGUUGCUGGCAGAUGGCCCUGCGGAGUUCGGGAGGCAGUAUAACCGGCGCUGGCUGUUGACGGCGUACGAGGCCGGUGAUGUCGUGCUUCACAGCGCAUAUGCUAUCCAUGCCUCGACAAUCAACCAUGACCCGGACAACAGGAUUCGAUUGGGUACAGAUCUCAGGUUCGUCAAUAAGUCUCGUCCAUGGGACAUUCGGUGGGCGAACGACUACGCUUUCGGAGACGGUGUUUAA